AUGGUUCUCACUUCAGACGAGUACAAUGGUAGACUCUAUAUCAACGGCGCCUUCACCUCGUCGCAAGGCUCCGAACGCCUCACGCUCACCAAUCCUUGGGAUGAAUCUGUCGUCGCGGAAGAUAUCCAUGUCGCCAACAAUGUAGACAUUGAUGCCGCGGUCGCGGCCUCCGUCGCGGCUGUGAAGAAGGGUCCAUGGAAGAAAUUCUCGGGCGCCCAACGUGCGGCAUGUAUGCUCAAAUUUGCGGACCUGGUGGAGCAAAACAUCGACAAACUUGCUCGUCUGGAGUCUCUGCCGACGGGUCGCCCAUUUUCUAUGAUCAAGCACUUUGACCUCCCCAACAUGGUCUCUGUCUACCGCUAUUAUGCUGGUUGGGCAGACAAAAUCCCCGGCAAGACGUUCGCCGAGGACAACGGCAUGUAUAAGAUCGUUCGCUACGAACCGGUGGGCGUGUGCGCGGGGAUUGCUUCCUGGAAUGCGACCUUCCUCUACGUCGGCUGGAAGAUAGCACCAGCCCUGGCUGCAGGCUGCUCGUUCAUUUUCAAGUCGUCGGAAAAAUCACCGUUGGGAGUUCUUGGUCUUGCCCCUCUCUACAAAGAAGCCGGCUUUCCAGACGGUGUCGUUCAAUUCGUGACUGGGGAGCGAACCGCUGGUGCCCUGCUAGCCUCCCAUAUGGACAUCUCAAAGAUCAGCUUCACCGGCUCCGUCGGGGCCGGCAAGGCCGUGCAACAAGCCGCAUUAAAAUCGAACAUGAAGCGAGUAACCCUGGAACUUGGUGGCAAAUCACCAGCUAUUAUUUUCAGUGACGCACCGCUCGAGGCUGCGGUUGGAGGCGUGGGACAGGGUUUCCUCGUCAACUCUGGGCAGAUCUGCGUAGCGGCAUCCCGGGUGCUCGUCCAGGAGGACAUUGCGCCCAAAUUUGAAGAGGCUCUCAAGCAACAGUUCGAAUCAGUUUCGGCUGGGAUGGGCCCUAACCCACUAGAGCCAACAACCAUGCAUGGUCCUGUAGUCGACAAGGACCAGUAUGACCGUGUGAUGGGGUACAUUGACAUCGGCAAGGACGAUGCUCAAUUACUUACAGGAGGGUCGAGAAAGGGAGAGAAUGGAUGCAUGAUUGAGCCGACGAUCUUUGUGAAUCCCAAGGCGGGCAGUCGGAUCUGGAACGAGGAGAUCUUCGGUCCGGUCAUGUGCAUCAAAACGUUCAAGACGGAAGAGGAGGCCAUUGAGUUGGCGAAUGAGUCGACCUAUGGACUGGCAUCGGCAAUCUACACCACGUCCCUCACGCGUGGCCUACGUGUCGCAUCCGCCCUCGAGACCGGUGGUGUCUCGAUCAACAGCCCCUUCGUGCCUGAGAUCCAAUCCCCCUUUGGCGGCGUCAAGCAAUCCGGCACUGGCCGGGAGCUGGGCGAAGAAGGGCUCAAGGCAUACCUCGAGCCGAAGCAGAUUAACAUAAAGUAA